GAAAAUUAGAGAAAAUAGUUUCCCAAUUACAUUUAUAUCACAACAAUAUUUUUUAAAAAUUUUGAUCUCAAAUUACAGAAUCUCGUUGACGUCAAUUUAAUCUCUAAAGAUUUUUAUUUCAAAUUUCAUAUAUCAAAAACUGACAAUAUUUAGACUUUUAUGACUCCAUUAAUUGUAUAAAAUGUCAUUUAUUGAUUCAAAUAAUAAAAGCUGGAAAGGUUACAACAUAUAAUCCCCAAGUCUCUUUGACUUCUUCUUCUUCUUCACUUCUCCAAUCAUUCACUUCUUUCAAAAGUCUCUCAUAACCUCUCACUUGACUUGUAUCUACCGAAGCUUCUUUGAUCUAAAAGUAAGUUUUCUCUGCCGCCUCUAUCUCCUCUUUUUCGCUGGUACUUUGUUUUGAGAUCUCUACACAUUUAGUUUUGUAUUGGUAUUGGUGAGGAUGACUUGUGCAAAACUCGCGGUCUCCUUUUGUUUCUUAAUAUUUUCAUUGAUUUUUUUUUGUCUAUAUAUAGAUUUUCCGAAGUUGUUUGCCGAAUUGCCGAUCACCAUAAACUUUUUAGGAGUAUGUAAUGAAAAGAUUUGAGUAAAAAGUACACUAAAGGUUCAUCGAUCCGUUUAUUGAUUAAAUUGUUUACUUUGAAUGAAGGAAAAAAAAUAUACUAAUUACAAUCAUGACAAAUGGUGGUGGUGGCGGCAACGGUGGUGGCGGAAACAACGGAGCAGCAAACCGGACGGAGGAGUUACAACCCCACCCGGUGAAAGAACAACUCCCCGGAAUCCAAUACUGCGUCAACAGUCCUCCUCCUUGGUUUGAAGCCGUAGUGUUGGGUUUCCAGCAUUAUUUGUUGAGUCUUGGCAUCACAGUUCUCAUUCCAAGUCUAUUAGUUCCACUCAUGGGAGGUGGUGAUGCAGAAAAAGUUAAAGUAAUACAAACAUUACUAUUUGUGUCUGGAUUAACAACAUUGUUCCAGUCUUUCUUUGGAACUCGAUUGCCUGUGAUAGCUGCGGCUUCUUAUGCCUAUAUCAUACCUAUCACUUCCAUCAUUUAUUCGACCCGAUUCACUUACUACACUGAUCCUUUUGAAAGGUUUGUGAGAACAAUGAGAAGCAUACAAGGAGCUUUGAUUAUAACCGGAUGUUUCCAAGUUCUUGUAUGUUUUCUAGGCGUAUGGAGAAAUAUUGUUAGAUUUCUAAGCCCACUCUCCAUUGCUCCUUUGGCAACAUUUACCGGAUUGGGACUCUACCACAUUGGCUUCCCUUUGUUAGCAAGAUGCGUUGAAGUAGGACUUCCUGGGUUGAUCUUACUUGUUUUUGUCACUCAGUACUUACCGCGUUUUUUGAAGAUGAAAAAAGGGGCGAUGAUUUGGGAUGGAAACAGAUGCGACCGCUAUGGGAUGAUGUUAUGCAUUCCAGUGGUAUGGUUGUUCGCUCAGCUACUCACAUCGAGUGGUGUUUAUGACCACAAGUCUCAGACUACUCAAACCAGUUGUCGUACAGAUCGUACUGGUCUCAUCACCAACACUCCUUGGAUAUACAUACCAUAUCCUUUUCAAUGGGGAAGCCCAACUUUCGACAUCACUGAUUCCUUUGCGAUGAUGGCUGCGUCUUUCGUCACUCUCUUCGAGUCGACUGGUUUGUUCUAUGCAUCAGCAAGAUAUGGAAGUGCGACGCCGAUUCCACCAUCGGUUGUUAGUCGUGGUAAUGGCUGGCUGGGAGUUGGCGUAUUACUCAAUGGCAUGCUUGGAGGCAUCACGGGGAUCACAACAUCAACAGAAAAUGUUGGACUUUUGGCAAUGACUAAGAUUGGGAGUAGAAGAGUGAUACAAAUAUCAGCUGCCUUCAUGCUUUUUUUCUCUAUUUUUGGAAAGUUUGGAGCGUUUUUCGCGUCAAUACCAUUACCAAUCAUGGCAUCUCUUUAUUGCAUCGUAUUGUGUUUUGUAUCUUCCGCGGGACUUAGUUUUCUACAAUUCUGCAACCUCAAUAGCUUCAACACCAAAUUCAUUGUAGGAUUUUCUUUUUUCAUGGCUAUUUCAAUCCCUCAAUAUUUCAGAGAAUAUUACAAUGGAGGUUGGCGGUCUGAUCAUCGCUCGAAUUGGUUGGAAGAUGUGAUAAGAGUGAUAUUCAUGUCCCACACAACGGUUGCGGCAAUAAUAGCGAUAGUGCUUGAUUGCACAUUGUGUCGUGAAAACGAUGAAGCCAAGAAAGAUUGCGGACUGAAAUGGUGGGAUAAAUUUCGACUAUUCAAUCUUGACGUGCGAAACGAUGAGUUUUACGGUCUACCUUGCAACCUCAACAAAUUCUUCCCUUCUCAUUGAAACUUUCACUAAUAUCUUCUUCUAUUCUUUUGUCUUUUUGAA